AUGCCUCUUCCCAAAGUUUUAGUCAUAGGAUCGGGAGGAGUGGGCACGAUUGCUGCUCUUGCGUUAACACUCAACAAGAAAUGUGAAGUAACUUUGGUUGUUCGCUCUGACUACGAAAAAGUCAUCAAAAACGGUUAUACAAUCAUAUCCGCUACCUACGGCAAGAUCGACAACUGGAAACCGCAAAAUAUUGUACGAAGUGUUGAGGAAGCAGCAGAAAGUGCUGAGUAUGAUUUUGUUGUGGUCACAACGAAGAAUAUUCCUGACGGUCCCACGCCGUGUGAAGAAAUUGUCCGUCCGGCCAUAGUUGACGGAAAGACUGUGAUUGUUCUAAUUCAAAAUGGAAUUGAGAUUGAGAAACCAAUGAUACGUGAAUAUCCCCAUAGCACUGUGAUUUCUGGAAUAUCCUUGAUUGGAUCUGCCAAUCUUAAUGGUGUGAUCCACAACUCUCACAAAGACUCUAUUUUACUUAGCCCGUUUCACAAUCCUAAUGUACCGCAUGAAGUUUCCGAAGCUCAAACUAGGAAGUUCGGAGAAUUAUAUCAAAAUGAAGAUGAAAGCAUAAACAAGAUCCUUUAUGAAGAAAGUGCUGUGAAGUCUAGGUGGCAGAAGUUAGUUUACAACUGUGUUCUUAACACUGUGUGCACCAUUGCAGGGUUAGAUGUCAAUAGAUGCCAAAUCAAUGGGGCGAAUCUGGACAUAUUCGUUCCUGCAAUGAAUGAAGUCAUCGCUAUCGCUGCUAGUGAGGGGGUCGAAGUUGAUGGUAAGGACAUGUAUUUGCAUAUUGGAGAUGGAAAGUUCUAUUCUCCAUCCAUGUUGGUGGAUUCGAGGAAGAAACAACUAUUUGAAUUAGAGGUCAUAUUGGGAAACCCUUUAAGAGUGGCGAAAGCCAACGGUGUUUCCACCCCGAUCCUUUCUACAUUGUAUACGUUGUUGAAAAUGAUUCAAUUUAAGAUUAAGGAAGAAAAGGGCUUAAUCAAGAUCAAUGAAGAUGACUAUAAGGGUAAGAGUAGCGAUGACUACCCCCAGAUAUUUCAGCAAUUAUCAGGAACCAAAUAA